AUGAAAAGUGAGCCUUUUUACAAGAAAGGAUUGAUUAUGGUAAUUGAUGGUGUGCGGGCCGAUGCUAUUCACAAGACCAUGAAAGCAACUCGGUACCACAAUAACUUUCGGUCCUUAGAGCAGAUAGCACCUGAGGAUCUCUAUAAGGCGGUAAGCAUAGCUGAUCUACCUACUGGCACGGCCAUGCGAAUUCUAUCGACCUUUUCUGGAGUCACUACAACGUUGCUAUCGGCACAGAAGUCCUUUAGCCAACAGGCAUGCUCUGCUGAUAAUCUGGUGCAGCAGCUAGUCGCUCAGAAGAAGCGAAGUGCGUUUUUUGGCGACGAGACUUGGACGUAUUUGUUUCCUGAGAUAAAGGAGUUUGUUAAAGAGACCUACCAUCCCUAUGGGUUAGUGGAGUUUAGUACGGAAGAAAGAUUGAUGAAAGCAGCGGAGGAGGCUUUAGUGGACCAUGAGGUUGUGAUUUUGCACUUGAUUUCUCCGGAUUCGUAUGGUCAUUUGUACGGAACUGAUAGCUUGGAAGUGCAGAAGGCUUUGGUGUUAAUUGACCAAUUUAUUGAACGGGUGUACAGAAAUCUAGACGAUGAGACCUUGGUGGCUGUUUUGUCCGAUCAUGGUGUAAAUGAUGAUGGCUCGCAUGGAGGCACUUCCUUUUUGGAGAAGGCUGCUUCGUUGGUUUUGAUUGGGAAGGAUAUUCGGCGGUAUGGCAUUGAUGUAAGUCAUAGCAGCCGAGUAAUUGUGCAGAAGAAUGAAGAAGAAGUAAAGCAACUGCACUUGGCUGAGCCGGCUGCAAUUGUCUCGCAAAAUGAUAUUCUGCCAACGAUAUGCGCUCUUUUGGGCUUGCCUACGCCGUACAACUCGCCUGGCACUCUUAUUCCUGAAGUUCUUUCGCCAGAGAGAUACACGGAGCUGUAUGAAAUGGAGAUUGAGAGAAAGAGGCUGGCUUUGCACUACUUGGGAUGCUCUGCCGUAGUUACAACUACUCGGCAUACCCGGGAAGCCAUGCCAGUUCCAGCACACGGAGGCGCUUUGGUUUAUGAAAACGAUGCGCUGGGUCGGCAGAUUCAUGCUCUAUUCCAUGGAUCAUCGGUGUUGGGAAUGGUUGCUGCUUUGGGUGUGUUGUUGGCCGGAACUUGGCUGCUGGCAUCGAUGUUUUUGGUUCAGUGGUGGCAUUAUGCUGUGCUGUUUUCUAUGGCGGGCAUUGUGCUGGUUGGACAUUCGGUGUUUGCAGUGAUACAUGAGGACGUUAUUUCGCUGGUCUGGUGUGAAUUGUUGGGAACACUAUGUCUGGGAUUUGAUUGGGCUAGUGUUGGGUUGGUGUUGGGCUUAGUUGUUGGGAAGUUUCCGUUGCAUGAUGUUGAUCGGUUUUGGUGGAUUAAGUGGGUUAAAAAGGUUCCAGAGCGAGAGAAGAUUGCUUGGUUGGGGGCUAUUAUGUAUAUAUGCGCGGGAGUAUCCUUGGGUGUCUUGGUAGUGUUGCGGGGAUUACGGCUAGCUGGGAAUGAACGGGCUAGUAAGCACCAAGCGAGUCGGCUUGUAACUGGUCCUUUGAUGGACGUCUUUUUGGCGUUAGGAAAGUUCUUUAGUGAUGGCGUGCUUUGCCGUGGUGCAUGGGUCUUUUCAUUGAUUCGGCCGGCUAGUAUUGUUGCAUUAUUGUACUCGCCAGGCUCGGCUAUCUUUUUUAGGCUGGUAUUCACGGAGUACUUGGCUAGGUUAGUGACAGUACGUGGCAGUAGCGUAGCUAAAGGCUGUGCUGCCUUCUUUCUGUUGAAGUUGAUGUUCUUUUGCACGGGCCAUAAUCAUAGCUUGUCAACCAUUAAUUGGGAGGCGGCGUUUUUAUUUACCACCAAGGCCUGUCCCGGUGUAUCUUCUAGUUUAGUAGUGGGAGACUUACUUCUACCGUACGUUUACGUUAGUAUUCGGUUGGGAAGAAAAGACUUAGCUGCUUUUAGGGUGUUGUUACUCUUACAGGCGGCUUGUUUCAUAACUUGCAGUGCCAUUAAUCUUUGGUUUUUGGGACAGUCGUUGCUAUGGUUCAUCUUUGCUGGGCGGACUAUCUUUGAAGGCGUCUUCUUCUUGUUUCUAGCAGCCAGCCAUGUUCUAUUAAGUAUACUGGAUGCCGGGAAAGAGCUAAAGUCCAUCCCGGCACACAAAAGACACUAA